AUGCAGUCUGAUCAUUUUUUGGUGUCAAACAAGUUUCUAACAAUAUUAUGUACUUUUUAAUCAAAGUAGUAUUUUCCGUAUCCUUAUUGACGGCAAAAAAAUCUCAAUAAUUCAAGAGUCGAAAUUGUAAGCUGCCUCGAUUUCAAGGAGAAUAUAAAAUGCCACCUAAACGAUGUCUCCUCAAUUACUCGAAGGAGAGGAUGUGGGAACCCGGCUACCUUAAAGCCAAAUGCAAGGAGCUGGGCUUGGAGGAUGAAUUCCAAUUGUAUCAGAUCCGACUGUGGAAAAGCUAUCUGAGCGUUUUUUAUUUGCUUCACAUUUUAGUUUCUAUAAGCCAUGUCACCCUUCUGCUAACGACUUGCGAACACGUUGAACUAAUAUACUUCGACGUGGGACUUUUCAUUGCAAGUGCUGUGCUUCUUUUAUCUAUUCUAAGCAUUAAUUUUUAUGAUACUUUUAUUGCGAAUCACACAUGGGUGAUGUUCGUCAGCUCAACGCUCGCCGCACUGACUUUGGUUUUGACAGACUUAUUUCAGACAUUUUACCAUAAAAAGUAUACCAACUGGACCCUUGUAUCAUUCUACGAUACGUAUAUUAUCUUUAUGAUAUACAUGUUCUUGCCAAUUCACUUUAUUUUCGGUGCAGUGUGUCUUGGCCUCUUGGUUUCUGCCAUCUACAUCAUUUAUUUUCUGAUCUUUGUGCGCAUAAGGUUCGUCCAGCUCUUUUCCGAUAUGGUCCGUUUCAGUGGAAUGUGGGUUGAUAUAGUCCACUAUAUGAGCCUUAACAUGGUCGGUGUCUUUUUCCGUAUGAUGAACGACAUUGUGGUACGAUCGUCCUUCCUAGACCGCCAUCAGUACAUCAAAGAAGAGCUUUGGCUGCGGAAUGCUCGGCACCAAGAGAAACUUCUGCUGGACAGCAUCCUGCCGCCGGAAAUAUCAGAGCAGUUGCAAAGGGUAAUCCAAAACAGGAUUAGCCAGGCCGGGGCGCGGAGUUUUAGCGUUUUGGACCGCAGCAUGACCAUCCAGGUGCACCCGGAUGUCAGCAUCCUGUACGCAGAUGUAGUGAACUACACUCAUCUAACCACAACGCUAACCGUGGAGCAGCUGGUGACCAUCCUGCAUGAUCUUUACUGGCGAUUCGACAUGGCAGCCGCCCGUUAUCGAGUGCAGCGGAUCAAGUUUCUUGGGGAUUGUUACUAUUGCGUGGCUGGUUUGGUUGAACCGGAUCCGGAUCAUGCUGACAACUGUGUGGGCCUGGGUCUGUGCAUGAUCUCCGAGAUCCAAGACGUACGGUAUAUUCAUCAACUGGACAUCAAUAUGCGCAUUGGAGUACAUUCGGGUAAUCUCUUUGCUGGCGUCAUCGGUCAAACCAAGCUGCAAUACGAUGUUUGGGGAUUGGAUGUGACUAUUGCCAACGUGUUGGAGUCUACGGGGGUGCCAGGAUUCGUUCAUAUUAGUAACGUUACUCUAAGCAAUUUGGACUCGCCUGAAUAUGUCGUUAUUGCUGGUCCCGAAAAGGCCGUUAACCAUCCCCUUUUGCAGAAAUACAAAAUAAAAACUUACAUAGUUGAAUCUGGUCCUUCAAGUAGAGAAAGUAGUAUAUCAAACGAUCUUAACAAUGCUUUAUCUGUGAUAAGUAUAAACUCGAGACCAUUUCUUCACACCAAAAACGAAGACGAAAGCCUUCAAGCUGUUUUCAACGCAGAGCUUCAUGAGGAAUUCCGAAAGAUGCCUGUCAGUCCAUAUAACAUAAAAGAAUUUUAUAACAACCAUCGGAAAAAAGGUCAAAAAAAUACACAUACUAAGUUAUACAACCAAGUUACUUUUUUUCUAACUUUUCGGGAUUUGGAUUUGGAGAAAGCCUAUUUGUCACGAACAGAUUUCAUGUUCAAGUACAAUAUUCUUCUGGUGUGGAUAGUUGGGCUUUGCUUGCUAAUGAUCCAACUUGCGGACACCAAUGGUGUGUGUGCGAUCUGCAUAUGCCUGGAUUUCUUUGUUAUGUUAAGUAUGUUCUUAUUUACCUUUAUUUCGUGGUAUAAGAAAAUUUGCUGGUGGAGAAAAGGAAAACGCAACCCGAGAUACAUUUAUGAUCGAUUUAGCUGCUUUUUAUUCUAUAUUUACGAGAGUAUCCAAGGCAGUCUGCUCAUCCGCGUAUUCAUAUAUCUUUUUGUGACUUCUUCGAACUGCGUUGUGGUUGGAAUAAUAUUGUUUAAUUGUGAUCGUAACGAUUUUAUUCUGCACAAAAUUGAAAGCAAGCUUUUUCAUUACGAAGAUUUCGGUACGAUGUGCUUUCAGCCUUGGCCCUUAACCAAUAUUUGCGCUGUUAUGAUCAGCAUGGCAAUUACGUUCACGCGUAUUCCGUUCAUGGUCAGGACGUUGGUUGUCAUUGCACAGACACUCACAUACAUUUUAUUGAUAUUCUUAUACUAUAGCUACAACUACCACAACAGUGUCAGCUCAAACCCUUCUCUGUCCGCAGAGUACGCUCAUUGUCUGUUAAUUUUAAUAGUUGCGGUUACUUCCUAUCUGAAGGAGCGUCAAAUUGAGUUUGCCAACAAGGUGAACUUCAGCUGGCAAAAAGAGCUUGAAAAUAAAGAGCGUGAUGCCCAUUUAACAAAUCAAUCGAUAAUAAUUCUGCUCAACAAUAUUUUACCUAGUCAUGUUGUGGAAGUGUAUCUUAAUUCAUUAGCUAAACAUGAGCUAUACUAUGAAAAUUAUCAAAUGGUAUCAGUGAUGUUCGCCAUGUUAAUGAAUUUUCAAAUGGACCUAGAAAACCUACGAAUUCUGAACGAAAUUAUUACGGAGUUCGACAUAUUGGAAUAUUUUGUGGUAGAAAAAAUAAAGGUUGUGGGCUGCACCUACAUGGCAGCUUGUGGGUUGGACGUGAGCUUUGCCGGUACCAUUAGCAAUCCUGUAAACCGGAAUUCGGAAGGCUUAAGAGCAUCAAUUGACAAAUCUCAAAAAGAUCUGGAGGAGGUGGUCUUCGUCCUAACUAGCUAUGCUCUUGACAUGAUGAGGACUUUGGAGCGCUUCAAAACUACUUACAAGUCCCUCGCGGUCUUGCGAGGCCAAUCUCUUGGUGGGACGAUCAGCAUCGGAAUAUCGAGCGGAGAGGUGAUGGCUGGAAUCGUAGGCGCUUCCCAACCGCACUACGAUAUUUGGGGCGACGCCGUCAACAUGGCAUCCAGAAUGCAGUCCACAGGCAUAGCGGAUAAGAUACAAGUGACUGAAGAGACGGCUAUAAUCCUUGAAGAAUUCGGCGUUCAAUGCAACUAUAGGGGCCUAGUCUACGUUAAGGGUCGUGGCGAAAUUCCAACCUAUUUGGUGGACAUCAGCAAGGAAUAUGAUUUUACUGUUAAACAAUCGGUACGAAAGCCAAGUUAUGAGCAGCGCAGUACGAUUUUAUCGUAUUUUCCCUACGAGGCUAUCGAUAUAACAAAAGAGUUAGGGGACCGCCAGAUUAGCUUUAGUGCAAUGCCAAAUCAAAAUGACCACACAAAUAUAUAAAAAUAAAAAAUAA